UUAAAUGGUCCCCACCCUCCAGGAGUUUCCAUUCUAAUGGAGGAGGCAAAGGUGUCAAUGACUAGGGACCUACAAGCUAUAGACAGAGCAGAGGGCAGGUGCUCCUCAGCAUCUGGGGAAAGAAAGGCUCCCUGCAAAAGGUAGGACAGAAGGCAGAGAGGGUGGGUUCUGGGGAGAAACAGUGGGGACGAGAUGGGUGAAGAUCAGGGUAGAGGAUGGAGGGGCAAGGACAGGGCUCUGGGGUCAGAGUGGAAGGGAGAAUGGGACAAGGAGCACUAAUUACCCUUCCUGCAGGCAGAUGUCCCUCCAGCCACCCAACCCCCAGCCCACUUGGGUGGGACCGUCACCAGAGCCUUGUUUGCCAUCUUUGGCCUCUCAGGAUCUUAUGCUGAGAAAGUGGUCUGUUGAAAAAAGUGAAGGCCUUGCCAGCAACUUCAAAUCCCAGCUCAGACUCAACUAGCUAAAUGAUUAUAGUUAAGCCCCUUCUCUCUGAGCUUCAUUUUCUUUGAUCUCUAACAUGGGAAUAAUCAUAGGGGCACCACCUGCCCUCACCAGGUCCUGAAAGGGAAGCAUUUUGCAAACUUGAAAAUACUCCAUAAAUACUUGGACCAGACCUGUGAUAUCUUUCAUCCUUGUGGGAAAAUUCUCAAUAAUAUGAAUUCUUAUUAUCUAUUAGGACCAACUAGCUUACAGGGUUGUUAGAUCAAAGGAGAUUUUUGUCUGCAUUGAAGUGAUUUAAUAGGUUGGUGAGGAAAGUCUACUGAUAGGGAUCAACCAUUGUUUCACAACUUAAAUAGUCUUAGAGAAUUGCCUGGGGCACUUAGAGAGUAUGUGUCAGAGGCUGGACUUGAACCCAGGCAGGCCUGGAGGCCUGUUCUAUCCACUGCACCACCUUGCCUCUUAAAUUGGAUGAAGUGUGUAAAGUUCCCUGAAGAGCUUCAGUUCUGGCUUCUCAAGACUCUUGUCUUCUCUGCCAAAGGAGAGUCAAGGAGAAGAAGGAGAAAAUGACUUCUGGGCUUCUGAUAGCCACUGCCCAGAAAGCACUGACCUUCCAAGAUGUGGCUGUGGAGUUCACCCAGGAGGAGUGGGGGCUGCUGGACCCUGCUCAGAAGGACAUGCACAGGAACGUGAUGCUGGAGAACUAUGAGAACUUUGUCUCCCUUGGCCUUCCAGUUCCUAAACCAGCUCUGCUUUUCCAUUUGGAGAGAAGAGAAACACCAUGGCUACCAACAGGAGUCCUGGGAAGUACCUACUCAGGUUUCCUUGUACAGAAGCCAAAUUGUGAAAGCACAGAGUCAACUCCAAUGCAGCAUAUUUCUAUGGGAAAACCAUCCAAGGAAAGACUCAAAAAAGAUGGUCCCUGCAAUUCUAAGUUGGAAGAAGCUUGGGAUUUUGAUGUCAGGUUAGAGAGGCAGAACAACCACCAAGAAAAACCAUCCAGACAAUUAAGAGUCAUUCACAAGAAUAUUUUUAAUAGAUUAAAUACUAAUGAAUAUACAACAGAUGAAAAAAAGGUCAAUCUAGGGUCAAAUCUCAUCUCACAACAGAAAGUUACUACAGGAAAAUGUCUGCAUAAAUAUGAUAUACUUGGAAACAGUGUCAAACAGUAUUCAGACUUAAUUAAGCAUAAUAGGAUUUCCCUGGGGAAGAAACUUCCUAAGUAUAAUAAUGACAGGAAACCUUUUAUUUACCAUUCAAACCUUAUUCAUUACCAUAGAUUACAUACACGAGGAAAAGACCCUAAGUAUAAUCAAAGUGGCAAAGAUAUCAGCAUCAACUCCUCAUGCCCUACUGUACAUCAAAAAACAAAUACAGGAGAAACCCCUUACAAGUGUAAUGAAUGUGGGAAAGGCUUUAAGCAAAAGAAAUACCUAAAAACACACAAGAUAAUUCAUAUUAGAGAGAAAUCCUUUGGUUGUAAAGAAUGUGGGAAGGCCUUUAGCAAUAAUUACAGCCUGUCUCAACAUCAAAUAGUUCAUACUGGAAAAAAACCAUUUAAAUGUAAUGAAUGUGGUAAAGCUUUCAGUAGCAAACGGUACCUAAUUGAACAUCAAACAGCUCAUACAGGAGAGAAAUCUUAUGAAUGUAAUGAGUGUGAAAAAGCUUUCAGCUGGCAUGCCAGCCUUUAUGUACAUAAGAGGGUCCAUACUGGAGAGAAGCCCUUUGAAUGUAAGGAAUGUGGGAAAGCCUUCAGCAAGAAGAUAUAUCUUAUUAGACAUAAGGUAAUUCAUACUGGAGAGAAGCCUUUUGAAUGUAAUGAAUGUGGGAAAGCAUUUAGGUACUACUCUUCCCUUAUGAAGCAUCAAAAAAUCCACACAGGGGAGAAACCCCAUAAAUGUAAUGAAUGUGAGAGAGCCUUCAGACAAAAGGUACACCUUGAAGUUCAUAAGAGAAUUCAUAACGGAGAGAAGCCCUUUAAAUGUAAUGAAUGUGGUAAAGCCUUCAGGCGGGGCUCAUCUCUUAUGCAACAUGAGAUAAUUCACACUGGAGAGAAGCCCUAUAAAUGUGAUGGAUGUGGGAAAGCCUUUAGCCACAAGGCCUACCUUGAAAUACACAAGAGAAUCCAUACUGGGGAGGAACCAGACAUAUGUAGUGAAUGUGGGAAAGGCUUCAGAUACAGUUCAGACCUUAUACGACAUCAAAGGACUCAUACUGAAGAAAAACCCUAUAAAUGUAAUGAAUGUGGGAAAGUCUUCAAGUGGAGCUCAAUUCUUAUGCAACAUGAGAUAAUUCACACUGGAGAGAAGCCCUAUAAAUGUGAUGGAUGUGGGAAAGCAUUUAACCGGAAGGGAAACCUUGAAAUACACAGGAGAAUCCAUACUGGGAUGAAACCAUACAUAUGUAGUGAAUGUGGGAAAGGCUUCCGAUACAGAUCAGGCCUUAUACAACAUCAAAGUACUCAUACUGAAGAGAAACCCUAUAAAUGUAAUGAAUGUGGGAAAGUCUUCAAGCGGAGCUCAUCUCUUAAGCAACAUGAGAUUGUUCACACAGGAGAGAAGCCCUAUAAAUGUGAUGGAUGUGGGAAAGCCUUUACCUGGAAGGGACCCUUUGAAAUACACAGGAGACUCCAUACUGGGGAGAAACCAUACAUAUGUAGUGAAUGUGGAAACGGCUUCAGAUACAGAUCAGCCCUUAUAAGACAUCAAAGGGCUCAUAGUGAAGAGAAACCUUAUAAAUGUAAUGAAUGUGGGAAAGUCUUCAAGAGGAGCUCAUUUCUUAUGCAACAUGAGAUAAUCCACAGUGAAGAGAAACCCUAUAAAUGUGAUGGAUGUGGGAAAGCCUUUAGUCGGAAGGGAAACCUUGAAAUACAUGGGAGAAUCCAUACUGGGGAGAAGCCAUACAUAUGUAGUGAAUGUGGGAAAGCCUUUAGGCAUAAAGGAAACUUUAAUGCACAUAAGAAAAUGUAUACUGGAAAAAAAACACUUUGAAUAUAAUGAAAGUGGAACAGCGUAGACAAAGACCAGAUUGCUGCACAUAAUAGAAUUCACAGGACAUAAAUACCCAUUAAAUAUAUGCAACUUGAGGAAAAUUUGCAUUGUAAGAGAUCAUGGAAUUCACAUUAAAGGGAAACCUCAAGAAUGUGGCUUGGCCUUUAGCUCCAAGGGAAACCUUACUGUAAGGAAUUAAUUGUGAUUUGGGUUUUUCAUAACCCUAUCUUUGCUUUACUAUGGUCAGACUGAAAAAGAAUGUGGGCUUGAAAAGUCUAAAAGAAGCUUGGGUGUGUACUUUGGGAGAUAAUUGAACAAACAAGAGGAACUCUGACCACAGGGAACAUUUAUUGAGCCUGUAACUAAGCCUCCUCCCCCAUGCCCACGUGGGUCUGGCUAGAUUAUAAUGGGGACAGCCCAUGUGGGUGUGCUUAGCCAAUCUGAAUCAGCAUGGCUAAGAAUUGACCCUCCCCUUCCUGUGGAAAAGUCAGUUGAGAUUCGGUUAGGGGGAGGGAGAAGAAGUUAAAAGGCAGUUAGAGAGGGUUCUGAGGGAAACAGGGAAGAAAGGCAUACAUUUUAGAGGAGCUAUGGGUGUUUGCCCUUCAGACAAAAACAGAAGAGACUGCACAGUUUAUUCUCCUUAGAACUACAGAUUUGGGGUGUGGUGAGUUUGGGUUUUUUUAGGCAAAGCUCUUUGGAGCUAGCUGGGCAGGAGGCAGGUUCUGGUGACUGGGGCCUUUUUACUACAGAG